GUUCAUUUGCUAUUCAAAGACAUGAAUUAACUCCAGAUCAUGUAACAUCAUCUUUAAAAUGUAAAUUACGUCAAAACAAUGUGCCAAUUUUGCCUUCAAUUGAAAAUAAUAGAAAAACUCAGAUAGCAAUGAAUAGACAAGUUUUAUUAGAGCUUAUAGACAUUGUAAUAUACAUGGGACGUCAUAACCUGGCAUUUCGUGGGCAUUAUGAGGAUUGGUCUUCAAAUUCUCGAGGUAAUUUUAAGGACUUGGUUAUGUUAAUGUCUAAAAAUUCCGGACCAUUAGCGGAACACAUAAACUGUAUUCAACAAAAUGGAAAACGUGAAACAUCUUUUAUUUCAUGGCAAAGACAAAAUCAGUUGAUUGAAGCUAUUGCCGAAGAUAUUUCAUUUCAAAUACGAUCAUUUAUUAAAACUGUAAGAAUGUUUAGCAUAUCGAUUGAUACUACAUUUGAUGCAUCUCGUAAUGAACAAAUAUCAUUUAUUAUACGAUAUGCUGAUGAAGUGACUGGUGAGGUUCAUGAAAGACUAUUAGCAGUAAAGGAAUCACCAAUUACAUCUGGAAAAAAAUUGUAUGACAUUUUUGUAAAUGUAAUGGAAGCUGAAAAUUUGAAUUGGAAAGAAGAGCUGGUUGGUCAGUCAUAUGAUGGAGCUAGUAACAUGCGUGGUAACUAUAAUGGCCUCCAAGCUCAUAUUAAAGAAGAAAGCCCACAAGCAUUAUUUGUGUGGUGUCACUCCCAUCGUUUGGCUUUGGUAGUAAAACAAGCAGUAUCAUGCAACUCCAACGCAGUUGAUUUAUUUGGCAAUUUAGAAACUCUCUAUGUUUUUCUUUGGUGUUCAAAAAAAAAGAGCAACGAUUUUCAGAGAAAUUCAAAUUGAAUGUGGUAAUAUGGA